AUUCACGGGCAGAGGACUUCUCUCCCUUAGGCUUCGCCCUUCCCCGGCCAGCCCUACAUGGGUUGGUUUUUUUUUUUGCACAGCACGCAAGAAGCCCCUCGCGUUUUAAACCUCCCCAAAUGUGCCGAACGCGAAAGCCGUCCCCUCGUUCACCCUUUCGCCCAGCCCACCUAAGAAAAGUUAGCAAUCCUGGCACUUGAGCUCGGUGAGAGUGGACUUUGGCUCUUAGAAGUGGGGAAUUGUGUUAUCACACACAUGCACACACAAAAAGGCAAAUCUUGCUUCUCUGGCUCUUGGCGGAUGCAAAGGGGAGAAGUACUUGGUCAGAGGAGGGAGAGAUGUGCCCUCCCGUAAGGAUUUUCUGUAGGUUUGUAAAUAAAUGCACCGGUUCUUUGCAUCCUGUCCCGUUAGAGGAUCUAUCAAGGGGAGGAAAAACGGGGAGCAGCCGGCUCGGCCUGAUGCCCCAUUGGAAAUGCCUCCUGGGUCCCUCCGGGCUGGGGCGGAGCGGGGCGGGCUGAAGGUCAGGCAAUUUGCAGAAUAUGCGUAAAAUAAGAGGAGCUUUUCUAGCGGCUGGCUUUGUGAAGUUGAAUGGGUGCUUAGGGCAAGGCGAGAGGGGGUAAUCUGCCUUUUGCCCAGCUGUCCCGGAGGUGUUGUCUGAACCGUCUGCAGGGCGCCUGGCACUUCCCGGGAGGGGAAGCUCCUUUAGCAUCUCCUGGGGGAUGGCAGGGGGGAAGAGUUAAAAGGAAACAUGGGUUUGACUUUCUGAUAAGGCGGCUGAAGCAGCCCCCUCCCACCUCCCAGCCCAGAGGAUGUCUCCUGGUUAUCUCCAGGUUGUCUGCACUCUCCGGCGGGCGAGGGGCUGUCGCCUCCCACCUGCUGCGCGCCCCCCGCCCGAGAUGGAGCUAGAGGCGGGGAGGGAAGCGGAGACCGGAGGCUGCUUUUCCAGCUCCCACCUUGGCGUCUGAGGGGGGCUCCGCCACCGAUCCCGGGGUCGUCUGAAGCGCCUUCAGGAUUUCAGAUGUGUUCUAAGCCUGGCGGGGUGAGCAAGCUUCCGGGCACCGAUGGAGACUCAGCACGGCAGUGGGUCGCAGCCCUUACUACAGGCUCGGCGUGACAGUGGCAGACCGCACGGGGAGCCCGACCUGCGGGAUGUCCUGAUGCAGCAGGUUCACGUCUUGUCGUUGGACCAGAUCAGAGCCAUCCGAAACACGAAUGAAUACACAGAGGGACCUACGGUGGCUCCACGGCCAGGGGUCAAGUCUUCUCCUCGGGUAACAACCCAACCCAAAAAUGAAAGGCCGCAUGGCUUGCCUGAGCAUCGUCAUUUCAGCCGGAUCCAGCACACACAGACGCACGCAUCUCCUCGAGCGCCUCUGUCCCGAUCCAUCAGCACAGUCAGCACAGGUUCACGGAGCAGUACGAGGACAAGUACGAGCAGUAAUUCAUCAGAGCAAAGACUCCUAGGAUCAUCUUCAGGGCCGCUUGCUGACGGGAUAGUCCGAAUGCAGCCCAAGUCUGAGCUCAAGUCGAGUGAGCUGAAGCCACUGAGCAAAGAAGACUUGGAAGCACACAGCUACAGGUGUGAGGACUGUGGAAAGUGUAAGUGUAAGGAGUGCACUUAUCCAAGGACCCUCCCCUCGUGUUGGAUCUGUGACAAGCAGUGUCUUUGCUCAGCCCAGAACGUGGUUGAUUAUGGGACAUGCGUUUGCUGUGUGAAAGGCCUCUUCUAUCACUGCUCUAAUGAUGACGAGGACAACUGUGCUGACAACCCCUGCUCCUGCAGUCAGUCACAUUGCUGCACUAGGUGGUCCGCCAUGGGUGUAGUGUCCCUCUUUCUGCCUUGCUUGUGGUGUUACCUACCAGCCAAGGGUUGCCUUAAGUUGUGCCAGGGCUGUUACGACCGGGUAAAUCGGCCUGGGUGCCGCUGUAAACACUCCAACACCGUUUGCUGCAAAGUUCCCAGCGUACCCCCCAGGAACUUUGAAAAGCCAACAUAGCAUCACUAGCCAGAAAUACUAAAGAAACAAGGAUUAUUAUUUUAACGUACAUAUGCAACCAACUAAGCAGCUAUGGUCUUGGCACUGUAGUAGAAGGGUUGGGGAUGUACUUUGCUGUUUGCAGUGAAAUGCUUUUCUAUGUGUGUGCCAUCUUAACUGAUACGCUUGUUAGAAUCCAGCUAGUGGCAUACAGGGGAAAAAAAAGGGAUGCAGUACAUUGUGACCCACAUAUUGCAUAAGCUAAAGCAACACAGACACUCCUAGGCAACUCUAUUGUUUGUGAAUAGUACUUGCAAAAUUUGUAAAUUAGCAAAUGACUCCUUUUUUUUUCAUUGUUUUCUGCCAGAGAUAAUGUGCUAUAUUUUUGUACAUACAAUAAUAUUUUCAACUGUGAAAAGCAAGUGCUGUCAUAAGACAUGGCACAGUCACAAAAUAUUAUACUAAUAUGUUGUACAUUCGGAAGAAUGUGAAUCAAUCAGUAUGUUUUUAGAUUGUAUUUUGUCUUACGGAAACCUUCUAUUACAAGACUUUGAUUUCCCUUUGGACUUCAUGUAUAUUGUACAGUUACAGUAAAAUUCAGCCUUUAUUUUCUAAUUUUUUCAACAUAUUGUUUAGUGUAAAGAAUAUUUAUUUGAAGUUUUAUUAUUUUAUAAAAAGAAAUAUUUAUUUUAAGAGGCAUCUUACAAAUGUCACCCCUUUUUAUGAGGACGUCAUAGUUGCUGCAAACAGGGGGUGAACGAUGCAUAUGUUCACUAUAAAAUAGAAAAUAUAUUAACGUUUGAAAUUAAA